CGAAGUCCAGCUGAGAGUCUAUCUGAUGAAGUAUACAUUGUACAUAUAACGCCAACCAGAACGGAUGUCUUGUAUACAUAGAUAUACUUGAGCCCACGAGUGUAAAACAGACAACCUCCAACAUUAAUGUACUAGUCCUACGUACGCUCCUUUGUUCUACACGAGUGUGAGAUAUGCAUAAAGCGUUUUCAAGAUAAAUCAUUAGCAGUGUUUCCGUUCCUGAAUAGCUUUUGGAAGCCAAAAUCAGUCACUAAAAUCAGAAUUACUGCCACGCAAAAGGAACAGCUGGAGUGGGAACAGAGCAGAUCGGAAACCGAGCGGAAACGGUUCGGAAACAUUGAGGCUGUGAGCGUGAUCACAAGACUCAGUGUUCAUCAAGUGCUACUUCUUGCGGAUGAAGCGGGGUUUCCGGAUUCACCGAGGGGGUUUCCUGCAGCUGGCCUGUGUGGUUGUGUCAUGCUAAAUUUUGAUGAGUGGUGUUUGUGUGUUGGACAAGUCGGGUUACAUUGUGUGUGCGUGUGAGCACCAGAGUUCAAAAUCUUCGUAAAAUAAGCUUACGUCUGCAAAGUUCGUGAGGGCUACAACGAGUUGCAGCUGAGACCAUUUGUGUUGUCUGUUGCAUGCGUGCUGACACAGGCUAUAUCCCUCACGAGCCCUGUAGCUGUCGUUCACAUUGACGUUUUAUACCGGCCUGCAUGUAGGUUGGUAGCGUUUUCAAUUGUCGUGUAUAAGCUGCGAGUUACGGUGUACUGGCUAGUACACGGCCAGACAAACACUUAUAGAACGCUGUCAAGCAAAGUGGUCGCCAUGAACAAAUUUCGCAAUUUCGAGAUCGCCCUGGACUGCCCGAAUGGCUUGAUCAAGGCAGGCGAGAUUCUCAAAGGACGGUUGAUUUUCUCCCUGACUGAGUCCAUCACGCUAAAAGAAGUAACUGUGACAAUCCAUGGAAGGUCGGAGGUGAGUUUCCAGGCCGGCAAAUACACGUACUCCAAGAAGGAAAAGUACAUCAAAGAGGUCAAGACGUUGUUUCCGCUCAAUGGAUCCCAGGACUCAGAGCUUGGCCCGGGGGACCACAGCCUCGAUUUCGAGCAAUUCAUACCUCCCAACGUGCCCACGUCAUUCGAGGGCAAGUAUGGUCACGUGAGGUACUCGAUAGACGCCAAACUGGACAGGGGGAUCUGGAAACCGGCCAUUACCAAGAUACGGAAAUUCAUCGUUAAAAACGAGCUGGAUCUCAACAACGUGAGAGGCUCACAAGAGCCCAUCAGACUUGAAAGUUCCGCCGUUGAUGGCUGUUGUUUUUGGCGUCGAGGUGACGUUGAGGUGUUCGUACGUCUAGCACGGAAUGCUUAUGUCCCUGGCGAGUCGGUGUUACUGGACGUAGAUGUGCACAACUCGACGGACGGCCGGGGUCACGUCAGCGUCGACUUAGUACAGUUUACAACAUUCCACACCAGGUCCGGGUCAAAACGCUGGCGUCACACGAUCUACACCCGCCCCCGUACGUCCUUUGCCCCGGGGGAGACGCUGGAGCUGUCUCAGGAACCUAUCCCCGUCCCUCCCCUCCCACCCUCGGGGCUGCCUGGAUGUAAACUAGUCGACAUCAUCUAUACUCUUAGGGUAAAAGUCAAAGUGAAAGGCUUGGAAUGUAAGAUUCCGAUAAAUCUAACCAUCGGCACGAUACCUCUCAGGUCCGUCUUCGGUGGACCCAUUCUCACUCCUCCGCCCUACCAACAGGAUCCUGAGCCGUUUUCGUUGCUAUGGAACCAACCGGCGUCACCGUCUACAUCAUCGACGUCACCAUCACCAUGGGAACCACCGGUGACACCAUGGGAUCUGCCUCCAUCACCCCCUGGAUACACGCCUGUGACCAGUCCAGGACCUCUUGCAAUAGAACCACCAUCAUAUGAGGAAAGUCAACGGAGGAGUAACGCCGGGACAUUCAGUUUUGAUCUUUGACCUUUACCUCAGAGCGGGAGAAAUAAUAUCAGCAACCUUGGAAGAAAGUUUUUUUCAUUUGAAACUGUUGGACAGUGUUUCGGAAUAGGAACAAGGGAUUUUCGAUUUUUUCCCUCAGGACCUGGCUGUUUCUCGAUGAAAGUGAAAGAAAUACAACCCCCAAGUUUGGACUGACUCUAUGGAUCACAUGAAUCUCCGUGACUAGAGACUUGGUAUAUCUGCAGAGAAGUUUGGUAUAUGUCACUAGUACGUGAAAGUACGAGUCUUUUGUGCCUUCCAUAACUCGUCUCUUAAUGUGGCCUUUACCCACACAUACCAGCCCAGCUCCGGAAUUGUAACGCCCCUCGUCGUCUUUGAUAAUCACAUCAAAUCACGGACUCCCCCGAAAGGGGCAGUGAUUAAUUCACAGUUUCAAUGUUAAACUGUGUUAAUGAGAUUAAUUAGUUUGUGUCAGUGCAUGAAAGAGAUAGCAUCUCCUGGGACAUCGUUAUUCCAUGGAAAGAAACGUUUCGUUUUCUCUUUUGUUUUUAUGCUGGUCUGCAUGGUGGCAAUGAUAGAUAGAGGUGUUGACUGUACAGCAUUGCGGUGUCACUGCAAAGGGUAUAAACAUAACUAUCUAACUAUUGCUGAAAUGCCCCC